AGCUCUAUUAGCAACUGCAAUGGUCAUUGUCACAAAUGAACAUGGUCAUAAUACUGUGUUAAGAGCGCUAAUAGAUCCAGGGUCUGAAUCAUCAUUCAUCAGCGAAAAAGCAACUCAAUUACUACAACUCACAAGAACAACAGCGAAAAGAAGCAUAGUCGGAAUGGGAUCUAUGAGAUCAAAUGUAAAUCAAGUAGUUCAGUUCAAAGUAGUUUCUAGAUACGAUUCACAUUACAAUAUACAAGUACAAGCAUAUAUCAUUGCUCAACAACUGACUACUAAGAUACCCACAAAAUCACUUGCUGUUUACAAUUGGCCACAUCUAGAAGGUUUACACUUAGCUGAUCCCAGUUAUUGUACGCCAGGCUCCAUCGAUCUCCUUCUAGGUGUUAAAGAAUAUGCUAAGAUAUUACAACCAGAGUUAGUCAGAGGUCCACCUGGAACACCAUGUGCAGCAAAAACAAGUCUUGGUUGGAUCUUAUUCGGUGAGAUAUAUUCUGGUGCAAAUACAACGGAAGAAUCAAACUUUCUACUCGCGCAUCAUGCAAUUGAUGUAGACGAGAUACUGAAAGUUAUAUGGGAGGUAGACAUGAACACUGAAAGAAAAUAUACAAAAGAAGAGAAACUUUGUGAAGAGAUUUAUGAGAAAACAUACAAAAGAAAUGAUGAGGGUCGAUACAUAGUGAAGCUACCAUUUAAGACAGAUAAACCGAUAUCACCAGACGGAAACACAAGAGAAAUAGCUUUAAAUAGAUUUAUACAGCUAGAGAAAAGAUUUAACAGACAACCACAAUUAAAAGAAAAAUACACGGAAGUAAUAAACGAAUACAUAAAUAUGAAACAUAUAGAAGAAGUACCUGAAAAAGAAAUUUAUACAAAAAAAUCAAUAUACAUACCACAUCUCGCAGUCAUUCGCGAAGGAAAGGAGACUACCAGUACACGUGUCGUGUUUGAUGCAUCAUGCAAGGGUUCAAACGGCACCUCGCUGAAUGAUGAUCUGUUGCUGGGACCAGUACUGCAAGGAGAUCUCAGAAGUCUGUUGAUGAGAUGGCGAAUGCAUGCUGUUUGUUUUGUGUCUGACAUUGAAAAAAUGUAUCGUAUGAUUUUAAUAGCAAAAGAAGAUACUGACUUUCAAAGAAUUUUAUGGAGAAAUAACCCUAACGAACCUCUGAAAGAUUACCGUUUGCUCACAGUAACGUUUGGAACGGCGUCAGCUCCAUACCUGGCUGUUAAGACACUCAUGCAGCUAUCCUAUGAUGAAGGCGACAAUUAUCCUAUUGCCAGUAGAAUAUUACAAGAAGAUUUCUACGUAGACGAUGUUCUAUCCGGUUGUGAUAAUGUAAAGGAAGCCAUAGCAGCCAGCAAAGAGUUAAGAGAACUAUUACAACAAGGUGGUUUCAAACUAAAGAAAUGGUCAUCUAACAAUGCUGAAUUUAUGAGAGCUAUUACACCAAACGAACGAUCAUCAAAUGUGCACUUAGAUCUCAAUAUUGAUGGUACUACAAAAGCAUUGGGUAUUUCAUGGAACUUAAAAACUGACAAAUUCGAGUAUAAUACAACAACACAUGAUGAAUCAGUUACUGUUACAAAAAGAAGAAUCUUGUCAGACAUGCAAAAACUUUACGAUCCGCUGGGAUGGAUAGCACCGUUAUUAGUAAAAACAAAAAUAUUUAUACAACGACUUUGGAUUCAGAGAUACAGUUGGGAUGAAGAAAUAAGUCAAUCACUGAUAGAUGAAUGGAAGAUAAUUAAAUAUGAUUUUAAAAACGUAAGUGACAUACAUAUAGAUAGAUGGUUACAUACAUAUAAUAAAGAGAAAGAAGCUAUUGAAAUACACGGAUUCUGCGAUGCUUCAAUGCAAGCUUAUGCGGCGGUAGUGUACUGUCGCGUUGUUAAUUCCAACGGAACCGUAACUACCACUCUUAUUGCUGCGCAAACAAGAGUAGCUCCAUUAAAAACAAUAUCACUGCCACGCUUAGAGCUUUGUGGUGCUGUUUUACUGUCGAGAUUGCUCAAACAAGUAACACAUGCAAUGAAGUUGUCAAUGUCUCAAGUUUUUACGUGGACUGAUUCCACUAUUGUUAUAUCUUGGCUACGUGGAGAACCUUGUAAAUGGAAACCUUUUGUAGCGAACAGGGUUGUAGAAAUAAUUGAUAACACCAACAACAGGCAAUGGUACUAUGUGAAGUCUCGUGACAAUCCUGCAGACAUAGCUUCCAGAGGAAUGUUUCUUAAAGAUCUGAAACAGUCGAAAUUAUGGUGGAAAGGGCCAAAAUGGUUGUCCGAUCAAAAGAUAGAAUUUCAAAAGCCAAGUUAUAUACAGACAGAUGAGGAAAGGAAAACGGUUAUACAUGCACACUUGAACAUAAAUAAACAAGAAAAAGAAACUAGUAUAUAUUCACAAUUUGAAAAUUACGACACAUUAACAGAAUUAUUGAAAGUAAUAACGCUAUGCAAGAGAUUUCUAAAAUUUAAAUUAUCAUCAGAAGAUAUAAGUAAUACAAUAACAACAAAAGAAAUAGAUGAUUCAUUACAUGUAUGCAUACAAAUAAGCCAAGAACAUGAUUUUGAGGAUGAAAUUGAAUCGUUAAGAAACAAAAACAUGGUACGAAAAAGUAGCAGUCUAAAAUCAUUGAAUCCAUACUUAGAUGAACUACAAGUCCUCAGGGUGGGCGGAAGACUCAGACACGCCAAUAUAAACGAAGAAAGCAAACAUCCAAUCAUACUCAGUCAUAAAAACAGAUUGACAUAUUUGCUUGUGGCUGAGGCACAUCGUAGAACUUUACAUGGAGGUGUACAAGUGAUGCUGACGUACCUGACUUCUAAGUAUUGGAUAUUAAGAGGGAAAAGUAUGAUCAAGUCAUACAUACGUAAAUGUUUGAUAUGUGCAAGACACAAUGCUGUUGCAAGAACUCAGAUUAUGGGAGAUUUGCCAAAGGCGCGUGUGACGCCUUCGCGACCGUUUUUGCACAGCGGUGUGGAUUUUACUGGUCCAUUUCAAGUAUUGAUAUCGAAGGGCAGAGGCAUGAAAACUAAGAAAGCCUACAUAUCUAUAUUCAUAUGCAUGGCUACUAAAGCCAUUCAUCUAGAAUUAGUUGGAGAUAUGACAUCAGAAGGAUUCAUAGGAGCAUUCAAACGAUUUACUGCCAGGAGGGGAAAGUGCUCACACUUAUGGAGCGAUCAAGGAAGAAACUUUAUUGGUGCGAAUAAAGAGUUAUCAAAUGCCUGGAAAGAAGCUUGUUUGGAAUUUUCAGGAGAAAUAGCUGAAUCUUUGGCAUGUGACGGUACACAAUGGCAUUUCAUACCCGCGUACAGCCCAAAUUUUGGGGGUUUAUGGGAGGCCGGGGUGAAAUCAAUCAAAUAUCACCUAAAACGCAUACUCACCAACCAUUUAACGUUCGAGGAAAUGACUACCAUUCUUUGUGAAAUUGAGGCUUGCCUGAAUUCGAGACCGCUCUGUCCGAUAGAUGGCUCAAAUGACAUUAAACCACUAACACCUGGGCAUUUCCUCAUAGGCGAAGCACCUGUUGUUAUACCCAACCCCAAUUUACAACUUGUCAAGGUUAGCAAUCUGUCACGCUGGCAACAUACUCAAAAAUUGCUAAGAGAUUUUUGGAACCGAUGGCAGCAGGAAUAUUUAUCGAGGCUUCAACAAAGGCCUAAGUGGCUCAAGACAGAGAAGGAAUUUGCUAUUGGACAAAUAGUUCUAAUUAAAAAUGAUCAGCUGCCACCUGGUAAAUGGGCUCUGGGACGAAUACUUGAGAAACAUCCUGGACAAGAUGGUAUUACUAGAGUUUACAGCGUGAAAAGUGGCGAUAAUAUUGUAAAAAGAUCAAUUAGUAAAUUGUGUUACUUACCUGUAAAUACUGAUAGUAAUUUUAUAUAAUGUUAAAUUCAUUAUUCAUAUGUUUAAAAAUUGUUUCUUAAAAUAACUUAUAGUCAUUUUGGUGGGCGGCAUGUUAUUCCAGUUUAGUUGCAAAUACAAAUUACUA